AGUGCACGUUAUGUUACCGGUGUACAUAAUCACUAUGUAAUGCAUUGGGUAGCUGGUUGUGGCAUGCGAACCGUCAACGAGUCCAUAGGCCAAUUGCAACACUACCGUGAACCGGACAUACCCGAAACGCUAGAGAAUCCCGUCAUCGACGAUGUGAUAUGGCGCUAUAAGCAGCCGUUAGUGGAGAAAACGCAGGCUGUAUUGCGGCAACUGGGACUGCUGCGGUGGGUGCAGGUGCCUGAUACACCAGAGGCUGUAUUGGAAGAUAAACCAGUAGAAACCACAAACAGUCGAAAGAAAGACGAGGGAGUGUCGAAAGUAAAUGCAGCAGCAGCUGAACAUAUCGAACUUUGAUUUGAAGUUGAUUGUAGUUUUUUGGAAUGUGCUUUCGAAAACAUAGAGAAGCCAAUAAAUCGAUUUCAGUGUUUCUAAUCUACUGUAA